AUGGCACCAAUAUACCCAGCCUUCACACCAAAUACUACGUCCCAUCUGAAAGUCUCAGACAUCCACUCAAUAUACUACGAAGACUGCGGAAAUCCAGAUGGCGUACCAAUCCUCUAUCUCCACGGCGGUCCCGGCGGCGGAAUAGACGACAGCGACAGGUCCCAUUCCCUCUCCCCUAAACUCUACCCAUUAACCCCCCAUCCAGACGCUACUUCGACCCCUCCCACUACCGCAGCAUCCUCUUCGACCAACGCGGCUCCGGCAAAUCCACGCCCAGCGCCUCCCUCGAAGCCAACACCACCUGGGAUCUCGUCUCUGACAUCGAAGCCUUACGCACGCACCUCGGAAUCUCAAAAUGGAUCGUCUUCGGCGGAUCCUGGGGCUCCACGCUCUGUGAUUCCCGAGGAUGAGAGGGGAGAUCUGAUAGCUGCUUAUUACAAAAGACUCACCGGCACUGAUGAAGUCGAGAAACUAAAAUGCGCAACAGCCUGGUCAACCUGGGAAACCGCCACCUCCAAACUCCUCGUCGACACCGCCUACAUCGCUCGCAGCGACGACCCGAAAUGGGCGCUCGCAUUCGCGCGCAUCGAAUCCCACUACUUCGUCCACGGCGGCUGGCUCAACGAGAACCAACUCAUCAACGACGCGCCGAAGCUCGCACACCUGCCCAUCACCAUCAUCCAGGGCAGGUACGAUAUGGUGUGUCCGGCGAAAACGAGCUGGGAGCUGUAUCAGGCGCUGGGGGGCGCGGGGAAUGCGAAUGUGGAGUAUAAGAUUUUGCCGGAUUGUGGACAUAGUGCGCAUGAGAGGGGGGUGGAGGAGGCGUUGGUGGAUGCUUGUGAGAAGUUUAAGAGUGUUAAAAAGGGAUAG